AUGAGGAUCAAAUUCCCUCUCAUGGCCAUUGGCCUGGAGAUUGUCCUUAUUGUUUUAUUUGGAUUAUUUGUUGAGUAUGAAACGGAUCCGAGUAUUUUCCAGCAACUCAACAACACCAAGCCAACAACCAUGGACAAAUUCCUUGAGUUAUAUACUUUAUUCCAAGAUGUGCACAUUAUGAUAUUUGUCGGGUUUGGCUUCCUCAUGACCUUCCUGAAGAACUAUGGCUUCAGUGGUGUGGGUAUCAACCUAUUCAUUGCUGCUCUGGGCCUCCAGUGGGGCACUAUUAUACAAGGGAUCCUGCACAGCAAUGGAAAGAAAAUUCAAAUUGGAAUUAGAAGCAUGAUUAAUGCAGACUUCAGUACAGCCACAGUUCUGAUUUCUUUUGGAGCUGUCCUGGGAAAAAUAAGUCCAAUCCAAAUGCUGAUCAUGACAAUUAUGGAAAUUACUGCCUUUGCUGGCAAUGAAUAUCUGGUUGGUGAGAUAUUUUUGGCCUCUGAUGUUGGAGCAUCAAUGACGAUCCAUGUGUUUGGAGCCUACUUUGGUUUGGCCGUAGCAGGCGUCUUAUAUCGAUCAGGUCUGAGGAAAAGGCACGACAAUGAAGAGUCUGAGUACUACUCGGACUUGUUUGCAAUGAUUGGGACUCUUUUUCUAUGGACAUUUUGGCCCAGCUUUAAUUCAGCCAUCGCUGAAAAAGGAGACAGACAGUACAGGGCCAUCAUAAACACAUACUUGUCUCUUGCUGCCUGUGUGAUCACAGCCUAUGCCUUCUCCGGCUUUGUUGAGCCCCGAGGCAGGCUUGACAUGGUUCACAUCCAGAAUGCAACCCUAGCUGGAGGAGUUGCUGUGGGCUCUUGCGCAGACAUGGAGAUCAAGCCAUAUGGUGCUAUGAUCAUUGGAAGCCUUGCAGGGAUUGUCUCUGUGCUUGGGUUCAAGUUCCUGACUCCAUUUUUUACUGCUAAACUGAGGAUCCAUGACACAUGUGGGGUCCAUAACCUGCACGGUUUACCUGGUGUGAUAGGAGGCCUCGCGAGCAUUGUGGCCAUAGCCUUGGGAGCAUCUGACACGUCUUCCAUGACCAUACAGGCAGCCGCACUAGGUUCUUCCAUCGGAACAGCUAUUACCGGAGGUCUGAUCACAGGUUUAAUUCUAAAGUUACCUAUCUGGGGACAGCCGUCUGACCAGAAAUGUUAUAAUGACUCCGUUUAUUGGAAGGUCCCCAAGUCUAAACAACAUGACAGUCAUUUCCAUGAACAGGACAGCCACAACCAGCUGGAACCUGAACCCUAAACACCAUUCCUGUGCCUCAACUCCCUUUCCUAUUAUCGGGAAUCAAGUUUAAAGAAACAACAAGGCAGCAUCCAUAGAGAAUAUGAACCAGAAUGGCUAGAAUCGGAGCCCCAAAUGUCCAGCAUGAAAAUGUUUUAACAUAACCUGUGUUGUCUCAUGAUAUUCAAUGACUAUUUAGUUGAAGGAAUGUGGCUCAUAAAACAGAUGAUCAAAUGAAUUCUACUCAGGACUCCCUGACUAUUCUUGCCAGUGGGUAGGUAUAAGGCGGACAUUCCAUGUAUAUUGUAUUUUCUCUUCCAUAAAGGUGGAUUUACUAAGAAAUCAACACAUUCUAAUCAUGUCAGUUUCUUAAUGUACAUACUAUGACUUCAGCUCAAAGAAUAUAAAACUGAAACCAAUGAAACAAUAAUCUACGUAAGGAAGCUAUGUCAGAAAUAUUAAAGAACUGUAUGUAUGUAAGCAGUACUAUGAUGUUUUUGGUAGUGCUUUCUUGAUUUUAAAAAUGGUCUAGUCAGUAAUGUCAUGUCUUUGCUUGAAUAUUCUUAAAUUCAAUUUCUUUUGAAUGUUUACUAUUUGCAACAAGAGUUCAAAUUCUAUCCUACCAAAGUCUAU